AUGGAGGUCAGCAAGGAGCUUGAAGCGUUGAUCGAAAGGAUAAAGGCCCAUGGCGGCAAGGAAGCAGGCUUCAGCAUGGCUGAGGGCAAGGCCAUGGUUGAUGAUCUGAUGCAAGCCGCGAAGCUGACGGAAGAUGGCACGAAGACAGCAUUGGCAGAAAACCGAGUCCUGUGCGAUACGCCUGUGGACUCCAGAGACUGCAUUGCUCUCAUCGGUGUCGCUUUUGCUCCACUUCUCCUGACCUUGCAGGUAGGAGGUGCCUUCGGCGUUGCUUGCGUAGCUCAGUCGAAUGGCCCGAGAAGCAUUAUCUUCUGGGCAUCCGUGGCAAGCGUCCUCUGGUCUGUGGUGGUCUACUUUGGAAUUCGCCAGCAACAAAGCCAAUGUGAGUCACAGGUGGGGCCAAAUGAGGGUCCUGGGCUCCUGACACGUAUCAAGACGUAUGCGCGGCGGCUGGAUCAGGAAGCGCAGCAGUACCGCGACCAAACCCGACGAGCAGCCUUUUGCCAGGUCCCGUGGCUAAUGGCCGCAUGCGUGUUGGGCUUGGAAAUGUCCACGGCAGCAACAGCUGGGCGUCUCCUGGAGUUCCUGCAAGCUCUUACCAUCACCACUCUGGCAGCUAUGAGUAGCGGCGCAGUGUUGGGCUUGGCCGUUUGCAACGAACUUCCUGGCCCGCCUGAAGCAACAUACUUGGAGAUCGCGGCUGCAACCAUUGCUCGUUGUCCUGCGAUCUCGAUGUGCGUCAGCUCUAUCUUCGCGUUGGUUCUGCCGGCCGUCGAGCAAGCCUCCCCGUCCGCCCGUGAGCUGCAGGAGAUGGGAACUGGGCGGUUUGACAUGGCGGAACAGUACGUGGUUGACGUGGAAGAGCUUCGCUGCAAAUUGCACCGGCGUGCCAACAAAGUCUUAAACCCUGCAUCGCAACUGGAGAAGGCUUUCGUUGGCUCCGGCGCCGAACGGGCAGCGUCAAUCAAGGAGCUGACCUCGCAAUUUCCUGCACACGUCAAGGACCUCACUUGUGCAACGACAAAGCUGGCUGGCGUUGGCCCACAGGGCGGGACUCAGCGACAGCAGAUGAAGGAGACAGCGGAAGCAGCAGGAGAACUGCUUGGAGGUAUCGGGGGCCUGGUGUCUAGCUUGGCGAAUCCACAUGAGGAUGUCAAGACCGCAAGGAUAAGCACCGGCUCAGCCCAGCAGAUGGUGCGCGGUGGUCUCAAAUUACUGGAGACGGCAAUGACUAAGAAUGCGUAG